AUGCGGCCCCCAACGGGCUGUCCCCGGCCCCCAAACUGCAAGCUGGAUCCGGAGCGGGGCCGGGCGGCCAAACGCGGGGACCCCCCCCCAGCCGCCCCCCCCCGCGGGCCGGGGGGCCGCCGGGGCCCGGUGAAGGGCGACCACGGCGUGAGGGUGCCCGGGGGGGCCCCGGCGGUGCCCGGCAGCGCCUCCUUCUCGCUGCCCAGCGCGGCCGAGCGGCGCCGGAGCAACUUGGCCCGCUCCAAGUCCAUCAGCAUCGGCGACCUGAGCCAGGGCGGCGGCGGCGGCGGCGGCGGCGUCACCGCCGUUGGUGGCACGGGUGGCACCCGCGCCGAGGACGUGGCGGUGGCGCUGAGCCGGCUGGUGCUGCGGGACUGCGGGCACCCCCUGGGCGCGCUGGCGCUGCGCAGGAGCUCCUCGCUCCGCAGGGUCGCCGUGGCCCCCCCCGGGCAGGACGGCAAGGCCGCGGGGGUCUCGUCCCCGGUGGCGCCGGUGCCGCCGCCGCCGCUGCUGCUGUCGGUGCGGCCCCCCGAGGGCGGCCCCCGGCCCCGCCCGGACCCCGCCCCGUACGGCCCCGGCAGCCCCGGCAGCGGCAGGAGCGAGGACAAGGCGGCUGCUACCCACCACUCGCUGCUGCUGGGCUCGGGCCACGUGGGCCUCAGGAAUUUGGGCAACACGUGCUUCAUGAACGCGGUGCUGCAGUGCCUGAGCAGCACCAAACCCCUGCGGGACUAUUGCCUGCGCCGGGACUUCCAGCAGGAGCAGCCCCCCGGCCCCAGGGCCCCCCAGGAGCUCACAGAAGCCUUCGCCGACGUCAUCGCGGCGCUCUGGCACCCGGACUCCUCCGAGCCCGUCAACCCCGGGCGCUUCAAGGCCGUGUUCCAAAAAUACGUCCCCUCCUUCACGGGCUACAGCCAACAGGACGCGCAGGAAUUCCUCAAGUUCUUCAUGGACCGGCUGCACGUGGAGAUCAACCGCAAGGGCCGGCGGACCCCCAGCAUCCUGUCAGACACACGGAGAGCCCCCGCCCUGGAGGACCCCGAAACGCUCAGCGACGACGAACGCGCCAACCAGAUGUGGAAGCGCUACCUGGAGAGGGAGGACAGCAAGGUCGUGGACCUCUUUGUGGGGCAGCUGAAGAGCUGCCUCAAGUGCCAGGCCUGCGGGUACCGCUCCACCACCUUCGAGGUCUUCUGCGACCUGUCGCUGCCCAUCCCAAAGGUA